AAAGGGCAAGUGGGGAGGUGGGGCUUGUAGCUGCGGCCCUGGUCCAGCAUGGCGACGCAGCGAGUGCAAGCGCUCGGCCAUCACCUGCAGCGGGAGGUGUGCUCCACUCGGCCAGGCUACCGGGAGGGCCGCAGACCCCGAGCCGUCAAGGUGUACACAAUAAAUCUGGAAUCCAGACAUCUGCUAAUCCAGGGAGUGCCAGCUGUGGGAGUAAUGAAGGAACUGAUAGAACUCUUUGCUUUAUAUGGAACUAUUGAAGAAUAUUAUGCACUGGAUGAGUACCCAGCUGAGGAAUUCACAGAAGUGUAUUAUAUCAAAUACCAAAAGCUACAAAGUGCAAGGAUAGCAAAACGCAAACAGGAUGAGAAAAGCUUUUUUGGGGGUUUGCUUCAUGUGUGCUAUGCCCCAGAAUUUGAAACAAUUGACGAUACAAGAGCAAAGUUAAAUGAGAGGAGAAGGUACAUAAUGAAAUCAACAGGCAAUAAAGGUACAGGUGCAUUUAUAGGAGAUGAAGAAGUUGGGAACCCAGUUACAUCAACAAAUGUCACAAAGGGAAGACUUUCUGAAAAGCUUGAACAAUGUGAAGGAUCAAAACUCAACCAACAAGAAUGGAAUGUAGAUUUCUCCAUGUGUGGUUACCCAAUGUUAUUGCCUCCACCACAGGAAGACAGUCAAGAGUCUUCCAAAUCAAUGUUCAGACAAGAAUAUUCACAAAUGCCUUCCUCACAUGAAAUAUUACCGAAAGAUGCACUUAGUUUGGACAACAGUUUUGUAUCUGAAUUAUCUUCUUUUCACAAGCAACACUUGGACAAGUCUUAUGAUUCCAGCAACUUUUGGAGUUCAGACACCAGACAACAAGUUUCAAACAUUAGAACUUGUGCCUCUAGAUUUGUUCCAAGAAAUACCCAGCUGGAGGUCAGGAAGAAAAUAAACCAGCAGUCGGACAUUAACAUAUUUGCAGGAUUACCUGCUGAUAGUACCACAGUAAUGAUAGGACCAAAACGUCCAGAGUUACCAAAAGUAGACAUGGGAGAUAAUUCUUUAAACAUCUCUGCUUCUAUGAUCCGAAAUAAACUGACAGAGGUAUUGUCUGUCCCCACAACCAAGGCCGAAGAGAUGCAUACAAAACCUCCAAAGCAGCGUCGUCGAAUCUAAAGAUGAAGUUCCUGGAAAUAUAGAGUUUCAAUGCCAUGGUGUCUUGUCACAUCUCAAACACUUUAUAUAGAGCAUUUUUUGGAACAUUAUAGAAAUAAUUAAGUGAUCUUUACUGUGCACAAGAUGGUUCAAUAAGACCAGAAAGAGAAAUUAAUAUUUUUUUGGAUUAAGUGGGAGUUUACAGGGAGAUUGCAAGAUAUUUGGUGUUUUUUUUUAAAUAGUACUGAGUUAUUAGGACAUUAAAGAUCACAUCUUGCAACUACAAUGUCAUCAACACAAUUCUAUAAGUAAUCAGCUGAAGAAACAUUGGAACCAAUGUCAUGAUCUUCAUAGACAUAGCUAAAAUAUAUCGAAAUCUAGAUAUUGCUCUAUGGUGGAUUUCAACUGAAAAGGAACUUUACGUGCUGAGAGCUUACCAAAAGAAUAAACAUAUGUAAAACACAUGAAAUUAUUUGUCAAACUGCCCAUGUAAUUUUAUUAAAAAAUAACUUAGAAUAUUCUCCUUUUACAAACUUGAGGGGCUAAGUAACAAGCUUUUUGUAUAUGUUCGUAAAUAGCUACCUUUGCUUUUUGAUUAUCAUUAUAAAUAAAAUUAAUAUAACAUCCA